AGCCAGCGCUGGCUGCGGGCAGCGCUCCCAGCUCGGGGCAGCGCAGGUGGAGCGAUGGGAGCCUCGGCAGCCGCGGAGAUGGAGGGGCUGAGCCAGCGCUGCCCGCUGCUGCCCGCUGCCCAGGGCUGCCCCCGCGCGGGCCGCGCCGCCCUGCUGCUGGUGGUGACUCUGUCGUUGCUGAUGUACCCGGUGCUGAGGAGUCUCACUCUUCAGCUGCACUCUGCCAUCACCGGCAGCUACAUCUCUGGGUCUCACUCCAUUGCCUUCAUCAACUGCCUCAACGAGCAGAUUGCCAAGGAUAUCGCAAGGGCCAUCAUGGAUAAGAAGCUGGCUGCCUACGUGAACAUCCUGCCCAAGAGCUCAGCCUUGUAUUUCUGGGAAGGGGAACUGGAGGAAUCCACUGAAAUACUGCUGUUGGUGAAAACAAGGACAUCAAAAAUAGGCGAAUUGUCCAACUACGUCAGAUCCAUCCAUCCCUUUGAAAUUCCCGAAACCAUCAGCCUGCCUAUUGACCAAGGAAACCCUCUCUACCUCAAAUGGCUGGAGGAAAGCGUCCCACAGGAUUAACUGAAAGCACCAGGGAAAACAUGCUGAGCCCCGCUGGUCUCCCAGUGCAGGCUGACACAAGGAAGCAGUUUAUAUCUUCACCAGUUUGCUUAUAACACAGAAACUUGGGAUUGGGAAUAUCAUUUGCACUCGAAACCUCCCCUCCUUGGCCUGACCCUGUGCUCCAGGAUACACCGAGCAGCCCGGAGGCAGCAGGAUGUGGCCGGGUGCCCCGCGAUGCGCUGGCUCACACCCUCUGCUGCUGCCAUGCAACGUGCUGGUUCAAGUCCUACAGAAUCCAAGGGAACAGCAGACUUAAGCAGAUGCCACAAGGAUUUACCAGGAGCUGCAAGCAGCACACACACUGACCCUACCCGCCGAGCUGGGCUGAGCAACAUCCAUGGCCAGUUCAGGGAAAGCAAGUGCAGCAGGACCAGGACAUCACCAGCCCUGCAUCCCCUACCCACCUCUCAAGAGUGGCUUUCUACCCAGGCCAUGUUUAACCUUGCAAAAAGAUGCUCACAUUAAUAGUUUAAUGGGAAAUAGCUUACGGAACGGGAUCAAGUUAUUUGUGAGACUGGGAAGGAAAUAAACAGCAGUGUUUCCUACCUGGGCAGGCUCAGUGUUGAUGCAGUCUGCUGCUACAGCGAGCUGGGCAAGACGAAGGGCUCAUCGUGGGUUUGCAUUGACUCUCCUUGGCCUGAUGUUGACUGAUGCUCCACUGGCUCCCAUCUGCCCAUUUUGGGCUCAUAAUCAAGUGGUACAGGGCAUUCAGGCAGGCUUGUGUAUGGCCCCAUCAGCUCUCAGAGGAGGUGCAGGGAAAAAAAGACAAGAAGGAAAAUGGUCUGAGCUCUGAGAGCAGGAAACAGCAGUGCUAAACCCAAAGAAACUGCCCCCAGUCUCCCCUUUGCAUCCUUCUGCUGUUCUUGUGCUUCACAGCAGCAUCUCUCCAGCUGAGGGCACAUCUCACCCUGGCACAGAGCAUGGCUCAGCAAUGGACACAUGCCUGGGAGCACACACUGACCCCCAGUGCCCAAACUCAGUAAUCCUGACACUCCAAAGAACCAGGGAUGUUAGAAAAAUCCUCGACUUUUUAAUUGUACAUCAGACAUAUUAAUUACAACUUGGGUAUAACAAGGGCUGGUUAUUGCAAGCAGCAACCUGACCUCAUAAAUCUUUAGAAGGUGCACAGAGUCAUUUUAAUUAUCUAUUACAGCUAAUACAAAAUAUACUCUGCAACAGA